AUGUUGAACAUACAAAUGAUGGGGACCAUACAUCGCAAAACUAAGAGCAAUUGCUGGGAAAGCUUACUAACAUCAAUUUCCAAGUUCAAAUACUAAAUAGAUGUUUGUUUUUUUAUCCAAUUGGAAUUUGGUAUCUUAAAAUACCUACAAAUGUAUUUAUCCGCCUUUUCAGAAAGAGAGCAGUGGUUUUUCAGAACUCGUAGUAGCUGUUGGAUAUCGAUGAUCAUGGCUUCCGCGUCUGCAUGCUCCUCAAUUUCUACACCCAAUUCUUCUUUUCUCCCUCCUACAUGCCCACUUCAAUUCCACUUCACUCGCAUCAAUUCUCAUUCCCAUUUCAAGAAUUUCGCCGUUUCUUGCACUUCAUCAGGGGUGAACUUCCACAAGCAUAGUCUUUUAAGGCCCUCGAAAUUGAAGGCUGUGGCUGAGGAACAAGGCAUCCUUGUCGCAGAACAAGAACCAUCCACGCAGCCGGCCGGUGCCGCCUCCGAUCCGACUGUUUCUGUUGCCGUCUCGCCUGCGGACGCGCUUACCAUGUUUUUUCAGGGAAUGGAAGGCAUUACCCAUCUCAAAGUACGAUAUCUUGAGGGCAUUGCGAGCGUGGAGGGCUCAUCUGUUGAAGAUGUAGAUAAUAUUGAAACUGAGCAUUAUAAUCAUCAUCAUCACCAUCAUGCCAAAGCACCGGCCCAUGCACCAGCCAAUGCUCCAGUCCAUGCACCAGCCAAAGCCCCUGUCCAUGCUCCCAAGAAGGUUCCAGUUCAUGCACCAGCCAAGUCCCCCAUCCACACUCCCAAGAAGGCUCCGGUGCAUGCCCCAGUUCAUGCACCAGCCAAGUCCCCCGUUCACUCCCCACCGAAGGCACCAGUCCAUCCACCAGUCUCUCCCCCACAUGGUUGUGUGGCAAUGUGUACAUCAUACUGCAAGCCAGUUAGCCCAAAACGACCGUGUAUGAAAACUUGCACUGCCUGCUGCGCCAAGUGCAAAUGCGUGCCUGGAUUCAUGAAGUGCAGCAACUGGGAUAAUGUGAUGAUCCAUGGAUACACAGUCAAGUGCCCCUGAAAUAAUAAAAACUCUUAAGCCCACCAUCGAUUAUUUCCAUCAUGUCAUGUUAUUUCUACCUAGUAAUCUGUAUCAGUUUGGACUAAUCAGUUUUUAUCAUCAGCCACUUUCUUUUCAUUAAUUAAGGAAUAACAUAUAUCAGUUCUUAA